GGGCCCGGACCUCCCGCCUCCCGCUGUCAGCGGCUCCUGCAGCUCUCGGCGCUGAGGCAGCGGGCUCGGCCCCCGCACAUGCCGCCGGCCCCAGGCGGGGGGCUGCCCCCAGGCCGCGGUCCUCACCCCCGUCCCUAAGCCGCCGACCCCCCGCGGGCCAGGCCGUCCCUAGGCCGCGUCCUCCUGCCAAACUUUGCAAAGUCGGGCCCGCGUCCCCCGCGCCCUUGGCUGUUGCCGGGCUCGGCGGCGGCGGCACCGGGAGCGACAGCAGCCCCAGCGGCGGCGGCGAGAGGAGGCGGCGGCGGCAGCAACAUCAAAGAGACGCGAUUCCCGCUGCCUGGGGGGGAGUCAUGCUUUGCAGUCUGUAAUGUCAGCAGAACAGGAGAAGGAUCCCAUUGCGCUGAAGAGAGUUCGAGGUGGUGACAGUGGACUGGAUGGGUUAGGAGGACCAGGUGUACAACUUGGAAGCCCAGAUAAGAAAAAGCGGAAAACAAAUACUCAGGGGCCUUCUUUUCCUCCACUGUCUGAAUAUGCCCCACCACCGAAUCCGAAUGCUGACCAUCUAGUAGCAGCUAAUCCAUUUGAUGACAACUAUAAUACCAUUUCCUAUAAGCCUCUACCUUCAUCAAAUCCAUAUCUUAGCCCUGGUUACCCUGGAUUUGGAGGCUACGGCUCAUUCAGAAUGCCACCUCAUGUACCCCCAAGAAUGUCAUCCCCAUACUGUGGUCCUUAUUCACUUAGGAAUCAGCCACACCCAUUUCCUCAAAAUCCUUUAGGUAUUGGUUUUAAUCGGCCUCAUGCUUUUAACUUUGGGCCACAUGAUAAUUCAGGUUUUGGAAAUCCAGCAUAUAAUAGUCCACUAAGUCAGAAUGUUAAUAUGUCUAAUCAACAUUUUAGACAAAAUCCUGCUGAAAACUUCAAUCAGAUUCCUCCACAGAAUGCCAGCCAAGUAUCCAAUCCAGACUUGGCAUCUAAUUUUGUCCCUGGAAAUAAUCCAAAUUUUACCUCCCAAUUAGAAUCAAAUCAUUCAUUUAUCCCUCCACCAAACACUUUUGGUCAAGCAAAAGCACCCCCACAAAAACAAGACUUUAGUCAAGGAGCAACUAAAAGCACUAAUCAGAAUUCUUCUGCCCAUCCCCCUCAUCUCAAUAUGGAUGAAACUGUAAACCAGGGUAAUAUUGACUUGAAAAAUGUUAGUCGAAACAAUACAGUAAAUCAAGAAAGCAACCGUUCCAACAGCACUGAUAAUGCAAACAGCAGCCAUGCAAAUGGAACUCAGAAUAAGCCCCGUCAACCCAGAGUUACAGCUGAUGGGUGUAAUUCUGAAAAGAGCAACAAAACCACUCUCCACCCAAGUCGACAUGGCCAUUCAUCUUCAGACCCAGUAUAUCCUUGUGGCAUUUGUACAAAUGAAGUGAAUGAUGAUCAGGAUGCCAUCUUAUGUGAGGCCUCAUGCCAGAAAUGGUUCCACCGGAUCUGUACAGGGAUGACUGAAACUGCUUAUGGCCUCCUGACUGCAGAAGCUUCAGCAGUAUGGGGUUGUGAUACCUGCAUGGCUGAAAAAGACGUCCAGUUAAUGCGCACUAGAGAAACUUUUGGACCACCUGCAGUGGGCUCUGAUGGGUAAUCAGUAGGUUUUUUUAGCUUAGUUUUUUCCAUGGUUAUUACAUAGGAUCUUAAAGUUUCACAGUACAGAAACGAAACAAAACCAGUUAUUUAUCCUUUAGUUUUUACAAUAUUUAGCUUCAGUACUGUUGUAAAUGUUGUACAGAAAUAUAAAAGCCUCUUUAAUCUUCAAAACAAUCUGCUAAAAUUUAGAUUGGUCAUAUAUAGGUUGUAACUAUAAAAAAACCCCAGAAUUAGUGAAUCCUAAUGUAUAUUUUUAAUAAAUAAACUGUACCAAAGUGCUACUUUGAAAGCACCAUAUAAAACAUUGAGUUUAGUAUCUCCUUUUGUAAGGGUCCAUUUAGCUUGUUUUAAAAUUUUUUUUGUGUAAGUGAAACACAAAUGGGAAACACUUAAGGUUUUUUAAAUUUUUAAGAGAAUAAUACCAGAUUUUUCCAGCUAUCUCAAUUUUAGUUACCUUCACAUUUGCAAAUAUUUCUUGUCACUGCACAUGUAUGUAUGUAUGUAUGUACGUAUGUAUGUUGUUAGUAGAUUUUAUACACAUACAUACUAGGAACUCAAUUCUCAUCAGUUUUUCUGUUUGACUUUAGUUAGAGGUAAGUACUUGAAAAUCCUCAAAAGCUGUGGUAAAUACAAUAUCUGCACAUUUUUAGGAAGUUUUAAAAAUAGAUGAAAUGUAUACCUGGGUAGAUAGCAUUUUGUGAAAAUUAGCACUUAAUAAAGCAGGUUAAACUAUAAUCUGUUCUGUCUUCCUACCACUUGGUAGUCAGUAACAUGUGAAAGUCCUAUUUUGUCUAUAUUGUAUUUUUUGUUGGAAAUAUGUAAUUGCUGUAAAUUUUUAAGCAAUCAACUUAGCCAACUACAAUUUCUUUUGAUUUUGUGUGAACAUUUUAAAAAAUGAUUCAUUGCAUGCUGUAUUCUUAUUCUUAGAAUGAAAUCAUGAUUUCCGCUGUUUUGUGUAUAAUGUACAGAGCUGGAUAGAUACUGUGAAUAGAGCAUUUCAGUGUUUGUUCUCAGGAGUCCACUUAACAUUCUACACAAUGGUACUUGAGUUGUAUUCUGUGCUUAAAUUGAUCCUGCAUUUCCUUUAGCUCUCUACUUAGAAGAAUUACACUACCUUUUAUAAUGUGCAGCCAGCUCUUCCUAUGAAAGGAAAAUAAAUUUACCUCUCCCAAGCAAAUUUGAAGGUACUAGGGUUUGUAACAUUCUUCUCUCAUAUUCCAUUUUCAAAUAGAAGUUAUGUAUUUUCAAUCAAGAUGGUUUUCGUUCAAAUAUUUAGGCUUGAAACAACAUUGGCAAAUAUUAUCCUGUAAAUAUUGAAAUGAAAACCACAUAUACUUGAUUCUGACAAUGUAUUUACCAUGUCUGAAUUAUAUAUCAGUAGCUGAAUGUUUUGUGUGUUUAAAUCAGUGGUACUUUUAGAGUGUUCCUACACUUAAUACUCAGUCAGCUGUUCUUGGGGAAGACAAGCUAUUGCUAAAUACUAAUUGCCUGGCUCCGUUUGACCAAAAGGAGGUAGAAUUAAUGAAACAGACAGAUAUGAUCUUAUCGGGACAGUAGUGGACUGCCCUAGAAGUACUAGAACUUUUAAUGAAAGGACUUGCACAAAGGUAUAGUAAUUCUCCAGUAGCACAGCUCUUUCUCUGGUGCAGUCCUCUUUUCAUUCUUGAAAGGCUUCUUUUGUCACAAGAAAAAGUUUUUGAGCAGAAAAUCUUAAGAAUUUUUCUAUCCAGUCUUAGAAGCCUUGCCAAUGUUCCACCUGGCGAAAAUGUUAGGAGGCCUUUCAAAAAGGCUGUUACUAAUGGAAAUUUUCCUAGUGGCAAUUCCUCUAUCAGAACUUAUUAUGAGGUUUUGUCUUGGUAUAUCACUGGAGAGUUCCUAUUAUGCUGGUUUUAAGAUGUUGCAGAUUCACUAGUAUAGAAUUAGCUUAGUUUGUACAGGAAAAUAAAUUGUGCUUAUCAGUUAGAGUGCUUAGAAUUAGAGCUGUCCUGAUUUUUUACUUUAAGUUGUGUGAUAUUUAAAAGCAUUUCUAAAGACUUACUGUCAAAAUCAGAAUACUUGUGUAAAUAAAACUGAACAUUUUCUUGGCUAGUGAUUGUUCUGCAUAGAUAAUAAAAUAGUACAUAAAGAAAUCCAGUAUUUUUUUAAGGCUCCCAGCACUGCCUGAUAGAAUGACCUCCUUACAGUGUGCUUUAAUCCCAGGUGAAAGAAGUGUCAAGAGUCUUCAUCUAAUAAUAUUUUAAACUUAUCUGUCUUGCACACAUUAAAAGGGCUGAUGUAUACUAUACCCUUCACUAUGUUAGCUAUUUUAUAAUUAAUAUUAAAAUAAUAUAUAAGCAGUGAUUAUUUUUGAAGGCAGCUGAAGAGGUUUUGGAUUUCUUUUGCUAGUGUAUAAAGGCAUGGAAAAAUCUAUACAGUUUUAGAUUUUUUUAAUUUAAAGGAUACAGGCAAGUCCCUUAAAUUACAAAUGGGUUAUAUUUUUAAAAAAUUUAUAAGUUGUUUGGAAUUCAAAACACAUUUUACCAUAGAAACAAUCCUUAUAAAUAGUGGCUAGGUUUCCAGGCUAGCCCAUAAAAACCUAAUUAAUUAACUCAUAUUGUAGCUGAAUUAUAGUGCAACCUGAGCCCUGGGUCUUCGAGGCAGGGGCUCAAUGGCCCAUAGAGGAGGGAGGACAUGGGAAGAGGAAGACAGGGUCCUUCCUACCCCUUUUCUGGUACAGAGUCAGCCUUAGGCAGAUUUGUUUUAAGUAAGUAAAGUUUAGUCUUUUAUUGACUUUAUGCUUUUGUUUCUGCAUUCCUGUCACACCUAUUGGCCCCCUCUGCAGAUCCCCAGAUUCCCUCAUGCUGCCCUUCUACUCCCCAAUAGCAUCAUAUCUCAGCCCUUCCCUACCCCAAAGUUCUCUGUGACCAAUCUCCCAUCCAACCAAAACCCCCAUUCCCUUAAUAUAUCUGUUUCAAUUAGAUGUUAGCAACAAGCUGGUUGCUGACUAUUUCAGGACACUAACAUCUUGGCCAUAUAUAUGCCUGUUGAGCUCUUCCCCCAAUUCUAGCACUGACCUCUUCCUCCCUCCUACCCCCACCCCAAUAUAUUGGGUGCAGACAUUGCUAAUCAAUGGCCAUGGCUCAUUUACUUAAUCUACUCUAAGUGUCAAUGGCUAAUAGCUAGCUACCAAUCCCUCCUAGAAGUAUAGAGUGCUUGUUAACCAAAAUGAAUCUAAUUGGUGGGAUCUCAAGGAGCAUUAACAAAUUGAAAUGGAAAAACAAAAUUAUGCAGUGUUAGCUGUGGUGGUGAGGUGUUUUGGAAUAGAUAGCCUGGGUUCAGUUUUCCUAACAACUCUUGCUUUUCCCACUCUUCUAAACCUGCAGUUUCUUUUAUAUUUUCAAUGUUUUCACAGCUUUAUAUUAUACUUGUCUUCUCCAACCCCACCCAAUAUCAUCCGGCCAUCUGGAUGACAUGCUUUGUCUGUCUGAUUGUCCAGUGAUAGAUAAAUGGUCUCUUCUACUGGAUGUGGAAGGGACUUUUGGGACAGGGAAUCCUGUCUCAAACAGUAGAAGGGAGGAUAUUGAAUAAGCUAGUUUGGUGUAAAGGUCAUUCAUAAAAAGGGCUUCAAAAGUUGAGGACUCUAAUGUUUUAAGUUUUUACAAAAACAAUAUGUCCCUUUUUUCUCAUUCUUGUUAAUAACACUAUCUGUAGUUAUAUUUAAAGGACUUUAUCUUCACUUACCAGUACUUUUCAUGUUAUAUAGAUGAUGUUGCCUGCUAGUCAAAAUGUUAUCUUUUAUAAAAGAAAGUCCUGCUUCUUAUCAUGAUGUAUGUGACUUAAAUGACUGUUUCAUAUUAAAACUAUUCCUUCCUUAUGUACUGUUUACAUAUGCCUCUUUUUGGGAUAUUAGUUCAGUACUUUUAUACAAAUCUGAGUGUGUUCCACAUUGGUGACAUGUAUUUUUGCAACUAAUUUUUUUGAGUUUUGUUCUGAUUAUAAAUUAGAGCAUGUCUGAAUUAACACAUGCAUUAGUGCUGUGGUCUGUGGCAAAAUUACUGUAAUUCAAAUUGGAAAAAAAAAAGAGUUUCCAGACUUUGUCCAACAUUUAUUCUUAUGACAAAGAAAAUUACUAUGUAAUACUAAUUAUUUCAUAUGAUGGUGUGUUUUAAGCUACUCUAUGAAGUAUGUGAAACAUCACUGUUUAAGGAUUGGUGGCUGGCCUGGUGUCCUUGAACUGGGAGAGAAGGGUAAAUUUAAUGUUAGCAAUUCAUGAUAUUCAUAGUAGAAUAAUUACUUCUUGAAAACUUGGUCAUCUUUUGCAGGCAUAAUUUAAUAGGAAAUGGUUAGCUGGAAAAUAUGGUGUAUAGUAGAAUUGUUUAAUGUGGUUAGUAAUGUUAAUAAUGCUAUUUAAUUAUAAAUUGACACUUAAGGCUUUUAAAACCUAUACUGUGUGAUCAUCAAUUGACUAAAAUAUAUUUUUGACAUAGUCUUAGUCAUCUAAUUAUUUCACAAGGCUUUUGUAGAUUACAAUAAAUUUUAUAUAUUUUUAAAAUGAAAAUAUUAAAUAGUAUUCCUUCAAAUACACCAAAUUUUAUACCUUUAGUGAUGCGUUAUACAGAUCUCCACCAUCAUCCUCUUCCUUUCCCCCCUCCAGGAAAUAUUUCUUUUUUUUAAUCAUUGGGAUAAUGUAAAACUUCAUUAAUUUGAACAAAACUAGUUCAGAAUUUGUGAUUAUUAAAAUAAGCACUGAAUUGGACUUAGCUUUUGUAUUUUACAUGAAGAAAGGUGUUUAUGAGAAAAACCCAUAUAUACAAGAUCAUAAGGAAAAUUAAUGUUAAUCUUAAGAGAAUACUUUUUAAGCACUUUAAGAACAAAUAUUAUUUAUGUUUACAUAUAAAUAAUAUGCUAACCACAAACAUUAUCAUCAAAUUGGUAGUUCCUCUACUAGACAACACUUGAUCUAAUUCAAAUAAGAACCUGUAUCUUUUGAACAGAAUAGAAAUUGCAUUUCUUUUUUAAAAAAAUUCUCAUUUUCAUACUUUUCAUUCAAGUUCUGACUUGUUGAAGUUUUUCUGUAUUAUAAUCUGUGUUCAUUUUGACACUAUUAGAUGCUGCAGGUAUUACAUACAUGACCUGGUCUUUUUAGUCACCUGAUCAUAUAUUAAUAAUCAGAUUGAUUGAAAAGAAAUUAGUUUUAGUUCUUGACAUGUAAAAAAAUAACAGAUCAAUCUAUUAGCAGUCUUUGGACUGAUUAUGUUGAUUACGGACAUGACUUUAGACUUGAAUGCACAGUGUUCUUCAUGGGUUUUUGUGUAAGAAUUUAUAUUUAGGAAAAGUUUUCGCAUUUUGCUUUUGCCUGGUACUUUGGCAUAUUGUUUUUUGAAACUGAUUCUCACUUUUGAUUCAGUUGUACAGGUUUAAAGAAGUGUUUAUUAUUAAAUGAUUCAUGAAUUGCUAACUCAAGUAACUUUGUGGAAAAAUUAAAAUGAGAAAAUACCAUGAUAUGACUUGAAUUGUUUGUUCAAAAUGAUUUAGGCUUUUUUAUUUGGACAGUACAUAGGUUACUGUCUUUAGGGAAAUAAAAUUGGCUCAUUGAUUGAAUGGUAAAUGUUCAUAUUCAAUUAUUUAAGUGCUUCUGACUGUUAAUUUAAAUAUUUUCAAUUUCUUUGUAAUUAAAUAAUGAGAAGCCAAUUCUAUUCUCUUUAUGAGAAAAUUAACUUUAAAAUGUUUCCUACAAAGUAUAGUUAAUUUGUAAAUCAUCUUAUCCCUUUCUCUUCUCCCCUUACACACCAUUCUUAAAUAUAAGACCUUCUGAAGGAAUAUAAUUUAUUGUCUUCCACCUUAUUUUUUUUAUUUGUUUCACAUUACUGUGGCCUUUCAGGUUAGUGGCAAAUAGAAAAGUAGUAAGAAAAGUUACAGUUACUGCCAUCCAGACAGUUCAUAAUAUGAGUUAUUGUUGGCCUUUCAUUUAAAAGAUUAUGCCAAAUGUCAUGUGUGCAUAGUAAGAGGAGUGUUUGUUUAUCAGAAUCCAUCUACUAUUAGUAGAAACUAUGUAUGGCAGGCUUUCUUGAACAAUAUGUAUUGUAAGUUUUCCUAUAUUGUUAUUUUGCAGUAAAUUCUUUCAAAUAAAGCUAAUUUUUAAAGAGAAAA